AAACCACCCACCUGAGGCCAGGUGGAAAAUCGUCAUUUAAUUCCUGCUGGUUUUGCUGAAGCUGAAGCGCCAAAAGUCAGAGUAGUUCCACCCACCCGAAGUGCCGCUGAUAAUGGCAAUGAACAUCCCGUUUCCGUUUAAUUGGAUACCCACUCUGCCAGUCGCUCGAUGCCAAGAAUCUCCGUCGCUUUUGAAGCGCGCCGGCACGGAAAAGUUGCGAGAGGUGUUCCAAAAGUACGCCUCCAUCCAAAAGAAUGGCGAGCACUAUAUGACCAGCGAGGACUUCGUGCGCAAGUUCCUAGGACUCUUUUCGGAAGCUGCAUUUAAUGACGAAUCGGUGCGCCUGCUGGCAAACAUUGCGGACACGAGCAAGGAUGGGCUCAUCUCGUUCUCGGAGUUCCAGGCCUUCGAGGGUCUGCUCUGCACUCCAGAUGCCCUCUACAGGACUGCUUUCCAGCUGUUCGACCGUAAGGGCAACGGCACUGUUUCCUAUGCUGACUUUGCUGAUGUCGUACAAAAAACUGAACUGCACUCAAAGAUACCUUUUAGCUUAGAUGGCCCCUUUAUCAAGCGCUACUUUGGUGAUAAGAAGCAACGCCUUAUCAACUAUGCUGAGUUCACGCAGCUGCUGCACGACUUCCACGAGGAGCACGCGAUGGAGGCUUUCCGCAGCAAGGAUCCAGCUGGCACUGGAUUCAUCUCCCCCUUGGACUUCCAAGACAUAAUCGUUAAUGUUAAGCGGCAUUUACUGACCCCUGGUGUCAAGGACAACCUUGUCUCGGUCACUGAGGGUCACAAGGUGAGCUUCCCGUAUUUCAUCGCAUUUACCUCGCUGCUGAACAACAUGGAACUGAUCAAACAAGUCUACCUGCAUGCCACCGAAGGCAGUCGCACGGAUAUGAUCACCAAGGACCAGAUCCUGUACGCCGCCCAGACGAUGAGCCAAAUCACUCCGCUGGAGAUCGAUAUCCUUUUCCAUCUGGCGGGAGCUGUCCAUCAAGCUGGCCGCAUCGACUACAGUGACCUGAGCAACAUUGCCCCCGAGCAUUAUACCAAGCAUAUGACUCAUCGCCUGGCGGAGAUCAAGGCGGUUGAGAGUCCCGCUGACCGAUCUGCCUUCAUCAUGGUUCUGGAGAGCUCUUAUCGUUUCACCCUCGGAUCCUUUGCAGGCGCUGUGGGCGCCACUGUGGUCUACCCCAUCGAUCUAGUCAAGACUCGGAUGCAGAACCAGCGAGCGGGCUCGUAUAUCGGUGAAGUUGCCUACCGGAACUCAUGGGAUUGUUUCAAGAAGGUUGUUCGUCACGAGGGUUUCAUGGGUCUCUACAGAGGUCUGCUUCCCCAACUGAUGGGAGUGGCUCCUGAGAAAGCCAUCAAGUUGACGGUCAACGAUUUGGUGAGGGACAAACUCACCGACAAGAAGGGCAACAUUCCCACCUGGGCGGAGGUUCUGGCUGGAGGUUGUGCAGGUGCCUCACAGGUGGUCUUCACCAAUCCCCUGGAGAUUGUAAAGAUCCGACUGCAGGUGGCAGGAGAAAUCGCCAGUGGGAGCAAGAUCCGUGCCUGGUCGGUGGUGCGGGAACUGGGACUCUUUGGCCUCUAUAAGGGAGCCAGGGCCUGUCUUCUUCGCGAUGUGCCCUUCUCGGCCAUCUAUUUCCCAACAUACGCCCACACCAAGGCCAUGAUGGCCGACAAGGACGGCUACAACCACCCACUUACUUUGUUGGCCGCUGGUGCGAUUGCCGGUGUUCCGGCCGCCUCGCUCGUCACGCCCGCCGACGUUAUCAAGACCCGCCUCCAAGUGGUGGCCCGAUCUGGACAGACCACCUACAAUGGAGUCUGGGAUGCCACCAAGAAGAUCAUGGCCGAGGAGGGACCAAGGGCCUUCUGGAAGGGCACAGCAGCACGUGUGUUCCGGUCAUCGCCACAGUUUGGUGUGACCCUGGUGACGUACGAACUGCUGCAGCGACUCUUCUACGUCGACUUUGGAGGCACUCAACCUAAGGGAUCAGAGGCGCACAAGAUCACCACUCCGCUGGAAAAGGCAGCGGCGUCGGUGAGCACCGAGAACUUGGACCACAUCGGUGGCUACCGAGCGGCUGUUCCUCUUCUGGCCGGAGUGGAGUCCAAGUUCGGAUUGUACCUGCCUCGAUUUGCACGCGGAGUAGCCGCUGCCACGCCCUCGACGGCCACGGGCUCCUGAUUGUACUGGCGCCACCGCCUGCCAAGCGCCACGUAGUCAGAGAGAUGCGAUGUGAUGGCAGGAUUGGGGGCUCCGGAUCAACUGAGAUGAGAUAUAUUUUUUGCUAGGACGCGUUUACACAAAAUACACACAGAAGCACUGAAGAUAUUUCUAACGAGGAUCAGGGAGGAGCAGCGCCGUAUCUAUAGUACUAUUGUAUCUGAACAGCAGGGUUCGAACCCUGAGCACCUGGCUCUGAGCAACUGUUUUUACCACACUCCCAAAAACGAAACCAACUAAAAAACAAAAAGUGUAGGAACCCAUUAAAAAAGAUAAAGAUAAAGUUUAGAAUCGAUUUUGGCGAUGGUGCAUAUAUAUUUAGGCAAGUGUAGAACUGUUUUUUGUAAACUUUGUUAACUAGUUUAAAGUCUAGAGCAACAACCAAUCACUGAACGUCAACUUUUGCACUCAAUGUAACUAUUAAAGCGAAACCUUUUAAUCUUAGUACGAAUUUGUUCAAAACAAUUAUCAAGCAAAGGAAAUGCAAUGAAUGACCUCUUAGCUAAUAAAGAAUAAAUAAAUAAAACUCAAUGUUAAAAACAA